AUGCUGGAGGGUUUCAUUUGCUGCAUGCGAGAGCGUGCUCAACUGGAACGUCAGUACGCUAGGGGCCUUCUGCAUAGCCUUGCAAAGCUACAGCAGACCACAUCAGAAGGAGCUAUACCUUUGCCGCUUGAGGCGGUGAUGAGCAACUUGCAACAUCGAGCAGAACAGUGUGCUGUGCUCGCAGAGGAGAUUGACCAGGAUGUGGCUGAUACCGUUGAGCGGAUGCUGGAGCAACAUGCAGAGGUAUCACGUCGCAUGCACUUGGAUGGUGUGAGCCUCAUGCGGCAUUGGCAUAGUGCAAAUCAGGGAGUGGACGGUGCUGAAGAGAGGUACCUUCAGGCCUGCAGUGCAGCGGAACUUGAAGCGGUGCAGUGUGCUGCCUUCUCAGCCUUGAAGCCUGGUGAAUGGAAACAACUGGCAGAAAGGACUAUCCGAGCAUCUCGUCAGGCAGUUGCAGCGGAGAAAGACUUCCAGAAGGCCUUUCACAAGUUUAACACAUCCGUGGAUCUGCAGGAGAAGCAGAUGGCAGCGGUGCUCGAUGCUGCGCAGGCUUUGUCGCAGCAAGUUGUUGGUGUUUUUGACACGUCUUGGUUGCGCAAUGUGCAGUAUGACAUUGACUCUGGUGUGCAGGCCCUUGAAGACAGCGAUAGUUUGCAAGACCUUCAAGCAUUCAUGCAGAGGAAUCGCUCAAAGGUGGCGUUCCCUCUGAAAAAGAUUUGGAGACCACCAUGGGAUGCGAAUGCCGCUUCAGACUCCGGGUUCUCCCAGGCAGCGGACCUCACAUGGCGCAAGUCUGAGGAACUUCGGCCGCUGGUGCGAAGCCUUUUGAAUCGCAAAGGCCCAGACUCCAAUCACUCCGAUGAGAAUUCUGGCCUUCCAAAUGAGGAAGAAGUCCGCCGAUUAUGUGAUUUGCUGGCUGCCAAAGCCUCUGAACCGGCAGGACAUGAAGGCGUGACUGGAGGAUGCCUCGCGCGGUCUGCAUUCUGCUCUGCAAUUCGCGCGGAGUUGAGUCUAUCAUUUGCCCCGGAUGCGCCUGUGCGCAGCGGCGAGCCGCCACAGGCUGCUGAGCUAAGCGAGGAUGCCUUUGAGAUCGCAGUGUCCCUCUUCCAGGCAGCGCUGGAUGGAGCUGACAAAGACUCUGAUGUUUGGAACGGAAGAGACUUAUUGGUCCUUUCGAAGUUUCUUCAACUUCAGGAUUCGCGCAAAGACGUUCUUCUCAGAGUCUACAAUCAUCCCCUUUGGAGCCGGGUCACCUUCUGGGAAGACCUGCUGCUUGCUGGCUUGGCGGAGGCUCACUUCCAGCUAGUCCUGUCGAGAUGGGCUUCGCCAUCAAGGAGGCCAGUCCUUCUGUCAAACCAUUUCAACUUGAAGGAAGCGCCAAGUUACCCUGAAAUUUGUGAACCAAGCCAACCACGCGAAGAGGAUGCAGCAUCUGCCAAGCGAGAGGUUCAGGAGGUUGUCAUGACCCCUUUCUUGCAGCGCUACAUGGCUUACAUGGUUUCCCUUGGAAUCAACUUUGAGCAGGCUCGUGGCUCCGCUGUGCGAACCCUGCGCAAGCAUGUAGAACUCCUUGGGACAAGCCAUGAGGCUUAUCUACAGCUUAUCACGCAUGAAGCAAAUGCGAUGCCUCUGGCAUUUGGCGAUGAGGGCAAGCGCGCAACAAGGUGA